CUGCAGGAUCGGGUGAUUCUAGGUGCUGUGGGUGCUGACAAUUGGGCUGGGGGCAUUCUAGAACAGCAGAAUGAUUUUGACGGUGAAAGAUUCAUCACAACUCCCUCAGUCCGGAAAGAGAUGGAAGGGGCAUACUUGGGGUACGCACUCGGGUUUCUCCAGCAUCAUCAGAAAGAGUUCUAUGCUGUUGGUGCCCCUCGAUACCAACAUCUGGGAAGGGUCCUCUUAUUUGAGGUCAAUGCCACCAGUCAGAAUUGGACAUUAAAACAAGAAAUUAAAGGGCAACAGACUGGGUCAUAUUUUGGUGGGGUGCUUUGCACUGUGGAUAUAGAUGGUGAUCAAGAAACAGAUCUGCUGCUUAUUGGAGCCCAGCAAUAUUUCACAGAAAUGAGAGGAGGUCAGGUUUAUGCAUAUGGCUGGAAAGAGGAUAAUCUCAUUCUUCUUGGAGAACUUAAUGGGGAUUUAGGAUACCCCUUGGGCAGAUUUGGAGCAGCCAUCACAGAUCUGGCAGACAUCAAUGGGGAUGGACAGGUGGAUGUGGCUGUAGGAGCUCCCUUAGAGGAUGAAGAGAGGGGAGCUGUCUACAUCUAUAACAGCCACGAGAAGACUCUGCGUAUGCAGUAUAGCCAGAGAAUUACUGGAGCUACCAUUUCUCCUGGCCUGAGAUACUUUGGACAGUCCAUCCAUGGAAAGACAGACCUCAGUGGAGAUGGUCUCACAAACAUUGCAGUAGGAGCUCUGGGAAAGGUGGUGGUGCUCCAAUCCAGACCAAUUGUUAAUGUGGCCACACAAGUGACCUUCCAGCCCAAGGAAAUUCCGGUGAAAGAUGUUGAAUGUUCUGGGGAUAGCAAGGCAUGGCAAAAUAUAAAUCUGAAACUUACCAUCUGCUUCAUUAACAGCUUUGCCAUCAAGAGUUAUUCAGGACAUCUCUCUGCCAAACUCUUGUUUCACCUGGAGAUUGACCCAGACAGGGUGAAGUACCGAGGAGAAUUUAGGAAUGGCAAUAAUGUUAUAAAUGGGGACAAAGAAAUCUCUCUAGGGUCGGUGUGCAUACUGGAGGAAAUUAAUAUCACGAACUGCAUUGAGGAUUACUUGUCAGCCAUCAAGCUCCUUGUGAACUUGUCCCUUGAGGAAGACGGUGAGCUGAAGAACGGACCGCCCAGGCCUAUUCUGAAUCCCCUAAGCAAUAGGACAGUGGUGGAGAUUCCUUUUGAGAAGAACUGUGGGGUAGAUGAAGUGUGUGUGACUGAUCUGAAAAUUGCCUUCCAUUCUUCCGGAUUAUUAAAAAAAAAGAAAGUAGCAGCAAUUAGAUUGAAUCUCACCACUGCUUCUCUUCUUUCCCAGUCCAGUGCUUAUAUCCUCUUGAGGUGUCAGGACGAUAAAGGCCUUGCUUGCAACGUCAGUCACCCCAUCUACAGGAAUAGCACCAAGGCUUUGAUCCAGCUCCAGUUUGGUGUCCUCGCCGACGUUGCCUGGACAGAGAACUUGGAGAUGGAGGUAUAUGUCAGCAGUGAGAAUGAGGCGAACGACACUCUUCAAAACAACAAAGCUCGACACAGCAUCCCUGUAAAGUACCCCAUCAACAUCAUUGUCAACGGGUUAGAAACGUCAAGCCACUACGUUAACUUCAGUUCUCAACAGCAAGAAAACAAGACUGUGACACACUCAUAUAAAGUGAGUCAGUGCUUGCAAGCUUUCUCCCAGAAUAAGAACUCU